UAUAUAAGUAUACACUUGUGCAUAUAAACGGAAAUAAAAGCAAAAGUGCUCAGCGAAAAGCAAAGCACAGGAAGUUUAUAGAUUGAAUCUGCGUGAAAAUAGCAUAUCAGGAUACUGCUGUGAGCAAUACUCAGUGAUACUAAGUAAAGCGGAAUACGUACAGACGCAUACAAUUACCGUAAGCAAUAACUAAAAAUAGACGAAUAACGACGCAACAGAAGCACUAGUCAAGCCAGGAUCUCCAAAGAGCUGCGUCAUAUUUUCCAACACAAAUUUAACGGUUACGGAGUGUUUGGACGAUAUUUAAAACAUAUAGAGAAUAAAAAAAAAAAUAAUAAAAAAUUUUUCAAUCAAGCCUAAUUGUUGUGAAAUCGACCGAAAACUCAACGCCUGGCAUAUAUUAUAUAUACUAUAUAAACAUAUACAUACAUAUCACUCCACAGCAAGGACAAAAAAAGCAAUAACAGCAGCAAGAUAUUAGACUAAAAAUAACGCAGAUAAAACAACGUCAAUGUCAAGCUAGUACAGAGCAUGCGUCAAAUUUAUUCAUUGCCAAAGUGUGGGUGUUAAGGAUACAGGAUAUUUGGAUACUAGAUGCAUAUACGACGUGCAUAUUUUUAAUAAACAUACAUACACGUAUAUAAAACACGAAUGCAUAUUAACCUGUGCUCAUAAAAGCGCGGCAGCAAAACCAUUCCGAAAAACCGAAAUAAACCUAACAGCCGAAUAGCGUGCAGUAAACAGCGAGCGUCAGAGCGGAACGACAAGUCCAAAAGCGACGAAUCUGCAUUCCAACAAUUUUAGACGAAAAACGUCAACCAACGACGGCAGUAGUGCAACACUAUUUCCAUGUAAAAACAUACAAAAUUACAUUGACAAUAACAUUCGAAGGACAUUGAAGGAGCAGUGCAAACAUACAUAUAGACAUUUCACGAAGAAAACUAUGCAAUAUAAAGUGAUAAGAGGAGUCUCGAAAGCAGUUUGAAGAAAAAAAAAUCAAGUCAAACGAAGAAUUAAAAGGAAAACAAAGUUUAAACGAAAAAUAAGUGAUUUGAAAAUAUUUUCAAAAAUAAGUUAAAAUAAAAUUUUUUCACUUAAAGACACCACCAAAUUUUUCUUGCUAAAAACUCCAACGCGAGCAUUCCAAAGAUAUAAAAAUUAAAAAAAAAGAUUUCUCUUUUGAAAAAAAUUAUUAGUUACGUGUAACAAAACUGCAAGUAGCUUACGAAACAAUUUUACCUAUACUAUAUAGCAAGCGAAGGGAAUCUCUGCAAGACUACUUGUUAUUCCAUAUAAAAACUAUCCGCAAAGUAUUAAAUAAUUUUGAACGUAUAAAAAAAUUUGCAGAAAAUUCGUAGAUUAAAAAUUAUAAAUAAAUACAAAUAAAAAGUAAAACAAAAAAGAACAAUCAAACAAUAUGUCAUCAACUUCUGCAGAAAAUGCGCCUGCCAAAGGUGGCGUUAAGGAGGAGAGUGCACAUCUGUUGGAGGCGGCAGAGACCGGUGAAAAAUAUGGCUCGAAUAAAGCGGAUCAGGAGAAUUUACUCGGCAGCAGUAUGGUGCACGGUGCAACUCAGUCCAAUUCCAAGACUCUACCACAAUAUGUGGCCGCCUUAUCAGCUGCCGGUGGUGCCUUCGCCGCCGGUACACUGCUCGGUUGGACAUCACCAGCAGAGGUGAAAAUCAAUCAAGGCGCCUACGAUUUUCACAUUAGCAAAGAUGCCUUCUCAUGGAUCGGCUCGGCCAUGACAUUGGGUGCGGCAUGUGUUUGCAUACCGAUUGGUAUACUCAUCAAUUUGAUUGGACGUAAAAUGGCCAUGUUAUUAUUGGUGAUACCCUUCACUAUCGGUUGGUGUAUGUUGAUUUGGGCGCAAAAUGUUAUUAUGAUGUAUAUUGCACGUUUCCUGUUGGGUAUCUCUGGUGGUGCAUUCUGUGUUGCCGCACCCAUGUACACCGGUGAGAUAGCGCAAAAGGAAAUUCGUGGCACACUUGGCAGCUUCUUUCAACUCAUGAUAACGGCUGGUAUAUUGUUUGUCUAUGCCAUUGGAGCUGGUCUCGAUGUAUUUUGGAUUAGUCUUGUUUGCGGUUUGAUACCAUUGGUAUUUGGUGCAAUAUUCGUUUUCAUGCCGGAGUCACCAACUUAUUUGAUUAUCAAAAAUAAAGAUGAAGAUGCUAUCAAAUCCAUACAAUGGUUACGUGGCAAGGACUAUGAAUAUAAGGCCGAAGUUGAAGAAUUGCGCGAGACUCAGGAAAAAAUUAAGGAAAAUCAAGUAUCAUGGAUGGUCGGUCUGUCACGUCCCGUUACACGCAAGGCUUUAUUUGUCAGCUUGGGUCUCAUGUUCUUCCAGCAAUUGUGCGGUAUUAACGCUGUCAUCUUCUACUCUGCGAAAAUUUUUGAGGACGCCAACACCGGUAUUGAUGCAAAUCUCUCAACUAUUGUCGUUGGCAUCAUGCAAUUCAUCGCUACCUUCUUAUCAACCAUUGUGGUGGACAAACUUGGCCGCCGUCUGCUGUUGCUCACCUCCGCUAUCAUCAUGGCGCUCUCACUCAUUUCGAUGGGCGUCUACUUCUACAUGCAGGAUCAGGAUGAACAAUCUGUAGCCAAUCUCGGUUGGUUGCCCGUUGUCAGUUUGUGCGUUUUCAUUGUACUCUUCUCCAUCGGUUUCGGUCCAGUGCCAUGGUUGAUGAUGGGUGAAGUAUUUGCUGCUGAUAUAAAGGGUGUCGCUGGUUCCAUUGCUGGUACAACCAACUGGACGUUGGCCUUCAUUGUGACGAAGACAUUUGUGAAUUUAACCGAUUCGAUUGGUAAAGGUCAGACAUUCUGGCUAUUCGCUAGCAUUAUUAUUGUUGGUGUAUUCUUUGUUUACUUCGUUGUGCCCGAGACGAAGGGUAAGAGUUUGAAUGAGAUUCAAGCGGAGUUGGAAGGCAAGAAGCCGAAUAAUACAACGCCAGCAACGCCAAAUGGCGCCGUUUAAAUGAAGUCGGAAAGAGAGUGGCAGAGAAGGAGAGAUGAAGAACGGCAGAGUUGCAGCAUUGCAUAAUUUCAAAAGUCAUAUUUAUCAAAAAACAAAAAAAAAAUAAA